CAAAUUUUUUUUAUCCGUUUUAUCUGCACGUUUCUACGAACAACAAGGUUAAAGGGUCAAAUAGGGUUUUCAGAUAGACAACGCCCCCGUUUUCACAGAAAUCACAUGACUAAUCGAAAACGAAACUAGUUGGAAUUUCCGAUGCCAAGUAGUAUAUAAACGGAUGUGGGGGGCGGACUUUCUACAUAUCACGUCCAGACAGCUGCAUGACAGAAACCGGUGUGGUCGCAGAGUGACACAAGCACAAAGAAAGGCAACGUUUCCAUGAAGAUUUCUUUCCUUGGUACCUGUGGGCAAAUAUAUAGGGCAUCCUUCAGAAAUCCUACAUAUUCUCAGUGAUACAUGUAGUUGCUGUCAUGUGCCAAGAAUAAUCAGAAUAAUAAUUUUCUGCUGCUUCAAACAAAGAUGGCUGAACAUGGUUUUGGUAUACGGACACCAUCUUUAAUUGAACAACUAAGAGCUGUAUUAGACCAGUAUCCAGAUGAUGGACAGAUUUUAAAGGAAUUAAUCCAAAAUGCUGAAGAUGCAAGGGCAAAGCAUGUGAAAUUUGUGAAUGACAGACGUCAGUUUUCUGCAGAGUCUUUGUAUAAACCAGAUUUGAAGAAUUUUCAGGGUCCAGCUCUGUAUGCCUACAAUGAUGCUACUUUUGGUGAUGCUGACUGGGAUAGAAUAGGAGCCAUUCAUAAUAGUAGCAAAAAAGAUGACCCACUGAAAGUAGGGAAAUUUGGAUUGGGAUUCAAGUCCGUCUUUCACAUGACAGAUUUACCAAGUGUGAUAAGUGGAGACAAGAUAGGAUUCUUAGAUCCACAUGAAAGAUUCUUUGGUUCCAGAACAACAGGAAAACAGUGGCACUUGAAGAAGGACAGACAGACAAUAUCUACUCUUAGUGAUCAAUUUGAACCAUUUAUGGGAAUUUUUGAGUGCAGCAAGAAAACAUUUAGUGAUGGAUUUUAUAAUGGGACAUUGUUUCGAUUUCCACUCAGAGCAAAAGAACAAAAUGAUGAAUUCUUUUCAGAAUUAUCAGAAGAGACAUAUGCACCUGAAAAAAUAAACAGUUUGUUCAAAUCUUUCAUGACAUGUUCAUAUAUGAACCUUCUAUUCCUGUCAUCACUGGAAACCAUUGAAUUGUAUGAAAGAGGGGAAGAAGAUGAAAAACCUAGGUUAAUUUUCAGUUUAGUAAUCGAUAAAAUUGAUGCUGUGAGAUCAGAGCGUCAAAAGUUUUUGACAAAAAUUGAUCAGCUGCGACAAACCAAUAAGUGGCCAGAGAAUGCUGUCCAAGUGACAUAUGAGCUCCAAUUCACAGAGACAAAAUAUAUGCGGGGAUCAGCCAGGGCAAGUCCCAGUCAUUUAAAUGUGGCCAACCUAUCUCAUGACAUAACUUUCCCAACAUCUGUUUCAACAAGCAAAUGGAUGUUAACAAACCACUUUUCAGGAGGCCAAGUGAGUGCACGGUUUAAAGAACUGGCAAAUGAUUCAAAACUGGGUUUUCUUCCAUGGGUGGCUGUUGCUAUGUGCUGUGAGACCAAAGGUGAGCCAUUUGAACAAGUUAAGCGGAGACCCCAACAACCAAAAGGUCAUCUCUUCUGUUUCCUACCACUUCCACUGGAAACAAAAAGCAUAACUGGUCUACCAGUCCAUGUGAAUGGGUUCUUUGCUCUAAGUCAGAAUCGCAGACAUCUUAAAUGGCCCACUGCAGAUCAAGAAAAGUCAACCCUGACUGAUAAAGCUCUGUUGUGGAACAUCUGUCUUAUGGAAGAAGCAGUUUCCAAGGCAUAUGCUGAACUCCUCAGUUUUGCCACUAAGAAAUGCAUUUCACCAGUGUGCUUUUAUGAUGCAAUGCCAGCAUACAGUGCAAUUGAUCCAAAAUUUGAAGAAAUGGUGAAAAGUAUGUACAGAUUGACUCUAUCAAGUCAAUUAUUUCACAGCCCAACAGCUGGUGUCAACAGUAAUCAGUCUUUUGGCACAUGGGAAUAUGCCAGUGAAGUCUUGUUCAAUGAUUUGUGCUCCAAGGUUGACAAUGAUGAAGAUCAAAUAACAAUUUUGAACAUUCUCAGGCAAAGUGGAGCAAAAGUUUGCACAGUCCCCUCACACAUAGAAGAUGCACUGAUGAGAGACAACUUGGCAGUAGCAAAGAUUCAGCCAAGAAAUGUGCGAAUUGCUCUCAAGAAACCUAGUGUGUCACCUUAUGUAGAUGGUCUUCCAUAUGAAAAGAAGAUGUCUCUACUUAAGUACAUACUGUCUGAUUCAUCUUAUGAAGAUAUGGUUGGAAUCAGUCUUUUGCCCCUAGCUGACCAGUCUUUUGCCAUGUUCCAAGCCAGCAAAAGUGAAGAGGUGUACAUUCCAACCAAAGAUCAUCCAAAAGAACUUCUCCCUGGACUGAGUCAUAACUUAUUAGAUACAUCUAGGGAUGUUCCAUCUGAAGUUACCUCACACCUGAAAAAGAUAGCAAGUUUGGGCUUAACCCAGUUGAAGAUUCUUGAUAGAACCUCAGUGUCCAAUUUGAUACGAAGGUUGUUUCCUUUAUCCAAAGAAAACUGCAAACUUUGGAACCCACAGACCAGAGAGCAUCCUACUUUUCAUUGGUUUCAAAUGUUAUGGAAGUACCUGGCAGGCAGUUCCCUGAUGAUCUUUCCAGGUUUGAAGGUUUACACAUUCUGCCAGGUUGCUUCUUGCAAAGUUGUGAGGUUAAGCUCUGGUAUAGCUGCUUUGAUUGCGUCCUGGAGAGGGGACAAACUUGAUGAUAGUUUGGCCCAUCAAAUAAGAGCUUUGGGGGUUAUUGUAUUUCAGAAUCUUCCCAAAUUUAUUGAAGAUCACCAGGCUGUUGUGCCAAGGUACAUUAGUCCACCAACACCUCAAGGUGUUCUACAGGCUCUUUCAAGUGUGCAAACACAAGCUCUGGCAGUUGUAAAAGAUUGGCCAUUAGCAGAAAAGGAUAAACUGAGAAUGUUUUUAUCCAAAGCCUCUGCAAACUGUAUACAUUUGCACAGGGAAUUACUUUUGAAACUACCAAUCUUUAGGUUAGUGAGUGGAACAAAAUAUUUUGAUCUGCCAAGUUCUGCUGACACAGUUUCUCUCAGUGAGGUACAAAGGGCCUUGCAACACAGUCCAAGCUUUCCAUUACCUUUCAAGUUCAUAAAUGCAUCAGAGAGAGACUCAGAAGUCCUUGUUCAACAUUUACAAAUAAGGGUAUUCCACACCAAUGACUUGCUAAAAGAAAUUGUCUUACCAAACAUUGAAUGGUACAAGAAGAAUGGGGAGAUUGAUUGUUUGAUGAAGCAAGUUCUGACUAUCAACAUGAAUGAAGAUCAAAAAAUUUUCCAAAAGAUGAAGAACAUAUCUUUUAUUCCAACCAAAUCAGGCAUGAGAUUCACAGCAAACUCAUUGUUUGAUCCUUGUGACCAUGUUGUGUUUGAACUAUUUGAUGGGGUGUGUGAUGUAUUUCCAACUAAGCAAUACAGGGAUGAGCCACGAUUAUUCACAGCUUUAAAGAUGCUAGGAUUGAAGACAAAAAAAGACAUAACUGCCAGAGACAUUUACGGGGUUGCUCAGUACAUUCAAAAGGCAAAUGGACCAGUGGUGCCAGACCAUUUCAUUGCCAAGUCCAAGGCAGUUAUGACCAUUCUGAAGUCCCAGCCAGUAAUACUAGGACUUGCAUCAGAGUGGUUGAAGACAGUCAAGUUUAUCAAGGUCAAGCCAAGGCCAUAUAAUUAUCCCAGGACUUUGCCAUGGUGUUAUGCUGCAUGCAUCUUUUUAAGUCCAAGUGAGUUGAACAGCAGCAUCUUUGAAAAAGUGAUUGGCUCUGUGGGGCAUAUUGCAGGUGAAGAAGUAAAUGAGGAGAUUGCCAGAAAUUUUGGAUGGAACAAAAGGCCAGCUGUGUCAAAAGUGAUAGAUCAUUUAAAACAAGUUGUUCGCCACUACACAAGCAAAGAAAAAGAUGUGUAUUUGCCAAUGAUUUUAGAUAUCUACAGAGAACUAUGGCACCCUGAGAGGGACGGAAAUCUACAUGAACACUUGAUACCUAGUGCAGAGAAAUGGAUUUGGAAUGGAGAUGGAUUUUGUUCAGCUGAAGAGGUCAUUCCUUUCAUCCCAUCAAAGCUGCAGGGGAUUCAGCUAAAGCCACACAUGUUUACCCUGCCAGGAGAAGUAGAGGAAUUCAGCAAAUACUUUACACACUAUGGUGUAAAGCCAAGAAAUGAACUUGAAAUAAUUCUUCAAGUACAAAGCAUUAUCCAAAGCAAAUACCUAAAAGAAAGUAGUCAGUCAGGGAGGAACAGCAGCAAGCAUACAAAUCUUGAUAGACAGAGAGAUUUGCAGACCAUCAUAGAAUUAUUGCAUAUUGUUGAGUCCAUGGACAAAGACACCCUAUUACAAUUGCAAGAUGUGCUUUUAGUACCUAUUCAUAGUGAUGACAGUUCUUCCCUUAUCCUAAAACCAGUAUCAGAGUGCACCUAUUGUGAUAUGGAAUGGCUACAGCAAGGACAUGAUGUCACUGAUGUCAAUGAUGAAGAAUCAGAAUUAAUCUUCUUCGUCCAUGAGUAUGUUCCAAUGCAAACUAGUGAAAAUUUAGGAAUACCUACCCUCAUGAGCCGUGUUUUAGAUGCAGAAGAGUUAGACAUCAAUUAUGGUCAGUCAGAGCCAUUGACACGGCGCCUACAUAACCUGCUUAAAGAAGGUUACACAGAUGGUUUAUCUGUUCCAAAGGAACUUGUACAGAAUGCUGAUGAUGCAGGAGCAACAGAAGUGAAGUUUCUGUUUGACCAGAGAGAAAAUGAAGAUGCACAAACAUGUUUGAUAGAUGAUGGAAUGCGAAGAUGCCAAGGCCCUGCUCUCUGGGCCUAUAAUGAUGCUACAUUUACAGAGGAAGAUUUUACACACAUUGCUAUGCUGGGUGGUGCAACUAAAGAAAAAAUGAGUGACAAAGUUGGUAAAUUUGGACUUGGGUUCAAUGCCGUCUACAAUUUAACAGAUGUUCCAAGUUUUAUUAGCAAUGACAGCAUAGCUAUCUUUGAUCCUCACAUGAAACACUUGGGACGAGCAGUAAGGUCAAAACCUGGAAUGAAGAUCAAUCUGAAAAAUAGAAAAAAGUUGCAGAAAUUAAAGAACCAAUUCAAGCCUUUCAAUGGUAUAUUUGGCUGCAAUCUUGACCCCACUGUGGAAUCAUGCAUAGCAAGCUAUGAUGCAACAUUAUUUCGAUUUCCUCUAAGAACAAAAGAACAGUCCUAUGAAAGCGAGAUCAGCAAGGUGCAUUAUGACGAGGAAGAAGUAAAAGAACUUCUUCAGAUGUUGGUGAACUAUUUGCCAGAGGUGCUACUCUUUACACAGAAUGUGAAGAAAGUAUCAAUUUAUCACCUUCCAAAGAAUGGAACACCAUCAAUGAUGCAGCCUAUCUAUGAAACCACAAGGAACAUCACAAAAGUGAUACGAGGUUUGCAUUUACCACAUCUUGAGCCAACACAAAUUUUAAGAGCAUCAACUCAAGUACUCCAAGCAGUGCCAUCAACUCACAUGAACAGAGUCACACAAAAUCCAGCAGUGUCUCUUCUUCUUGAGAUGUCUUCUAAAAAGGUUCCAGGUAAUGUGGGUAUUCUCAAAAGGGAAGAGAGAAAGGAUUUCUGGCUUGUUACAUCAUGUUUGGGAGACCUUACACAAGAAGUGUUGAAAAUGUGCAAAGAUACUGGUCUUGUACCUACAGGUGGAGUGGCAGUACACUUAGAAGAGUGCAAUAUACAAGGCAGCAAAAGCUAUGCACCAACAUGUCUUGAAGGAACAAUUUUUUGUUAUCUUCCUCUUCCCAUACUCAGUGGGUUUCCAUUCCAUGUCAAUGGCAGUUUUUCUGUUGAGUCCAACCGCAAACAUCUGACUGAGAAAACUUCUGAUGACAAGAUUUCAAAAGGAGCUGAAUGGAAUGAAACUUUGUUUAAAGAUGUCAUUUCCAAGGCUUUUCUUUUUUGUCUGGAGGAUUUGAAAACUUUGACAUCUGGCACAUCUUAUACCUUUUGUGACUUGUGGCCAGCCUCAGUGACCAGAUAUAAACCAGUAUGUCAACACUUCGUGAAAAAGCUGUAUGCCACUUUAUUUUCCAGUAAAGAACAGCAGGCACCUCAUUUACUUUCAAAUGGAAAAAUGUGGUCAAAUGCCCAUAGUGUUGGUCUCCUCCAAGAAGAUAUCAAAGGAUCAGGUAUAGCAAAACAAGCCAAAGAGGUGUUGGAAAUUUUUCUUCAAAAGGAGGGAAAGAUAUAUGUUGAAGUUCCCCAUAAAACAAUGGAAGCCCUGUCAUUAUAUGCUCCUAAAGUUGUUGUGGAAAAGAUCAUGUAUGGCCUCCACAAGCUUUACAAAGAAGCAGUUUUUCCAAAUCUCAACAUUAUUGCUGAAGAUGUCCGAAAUGCUUUGAUUCUGCAUGCACUUGAUCAUGGUGAUAAAGAUCUCAAUGAGCUCUUGCAUUGCGCAUGCAUUCCUUCCUUACCACAUGGGCAGCUAAAACGACCAUGUGAUCUCCUGCACCCAAAUGGUAGAGCUGCUCCAUUAUACCAUGUGGAAGACGGGAAAUUCAUCCAAGGAACAGAAAGCUCAUACCUGCACCCAUAUCGCCUCCUAGUAUUGGAAAAACUUGGCAUCUGUAAAGAUGAAAUCGACUGUAAGCUGAUUUUAGAGAGAGCCAGAAGUGUUGCUGUUCUUCAUCGUGCAGGUGACAGUAGAGGAAUAGAGAGAUCAAAAAGGAUAUUGCAGUACUUAGAAUGGAGGCUCAGAACCUAUAAAACUGAUAAAUUGAAAAGCAAACUGGGUGAACUACGUGAAAUACCAUUCUUGCCAGCCAAGGCAAAACCAGAAGGUUAUCCACUUCCCUGGAAAGGCAAUCACAACAAUCUUGUUGCACCUGUGGAAUGCUUUUCAACAGAUGUGGAAGACUUAGUAUCCUCCACUGCUGCUGUUAUUGAUACAAGGGAGCUGAAGAUGGAGAAGAGAGUUGCAGUGUUUCUCCAAAUAAAAUCUGAAAGAGAUGUCAAGGUUGAACAGGUAUGGCAUCAGCUUGAUCAAGCAAUAAAAGCUGCUACAGUGUGUAAAUACUUGCCAACAUAUCUGAUGAGACACAUCUAUCAGCAUCUUAAUGAUUUACUGAAGAACAACCCUAAACACCAGAAAACAUUUACCUCUGAACUGGAAAGAAGAAAUGCAGUGUACAUUCCACAGAUUCAUGAAUUUAUCUCAGGACGUAAGGUCAUAUUUCACUCUGAGGCCAAGUUUGAACCACUUCUUUAUGAACUCCCCAGUCCUUGGGAAAGUUUCUAUGUCAUCAUGAGAGCUGCAGGUGUUAGGAAAAACUUUGAUGUUGCAGAUUAUAUCAAGGUUCUACAGGAGCUGCAUAAAGACAAUCACACAUUCAAAAAAGAGUCCUUGCCAUCUUAUGUAGUUCAGGUUGUGUUUGCAUUACAGGAAAAAAUUUCCCCUACCAAUUCAAACAGAUGUGCCACUCACUACAACUCUGAAAUCAGUUGAAUUGAACAUGGGCCAAUUUAUUUACCAGAUGAUCAAGGAGUUAUGUCUGAAGCAAAGCAGCUCUGCUUUGAUGAUUGCCAGUGGCUUGAAAAUGAUGACAGCACGCAUUAUGUACACAAAGACUUGCCUUAUCAUGUUGCUAUAGGCCUUGGUGUUCAGACAAAACGAGGUGAAAAGCUGAGGAAAUAUUCAAUGGGAAUUGGUUUUGGUCAGAAGGAAAAACUUACUAACAGAAUAAAGAGAAUUUUAGAUGGGUACCCUUAUGACCAGGAUAUCUUGAAAGAGCUUUUGCAAAAUGCAGAUGAUGCAAAGGCAACUGAAAUUCACUUUGUUUUUGAUCCCAGACAACAUCCAGUUGAGCUUAUAUUUGAAGAAUGCUGGGAGCCACUGCAAGGGCCAGCUUUAUGUGUUUACAACAACAGCCCAUUUACAGAAGCAGACAUAAAGGGUAUUCAGAAUCUAGGUGAGGGAAGUAAGAGUGAAGAUCCAAACAAAACGGGACAGUAUGGUGUAGGUUUCAAUGCUGUAUAUCAUCUCACAGAUGCACCAUCUUUCUUAACCAAGGGUGAAGAAAUGGGAGAGACACUUUGUGUAUUUGAUCCACAUUGUAUCUAUGUACCAGGUGCUUCUGAUGCUGAACCUGGAAGGCGUUAUGUGGACAUUCCUAAGUUAAGAAGGUCUUUCCCAGAUGUUUUUGCAGGAUAUUUGGAUGACAUGAGGGAUAUUUUUCCAAUGGAGGAAGCUACCUUGUUCCGAUUGCCACUCAGAAAUGAAUACAUGGCCAGACGAUCCCAGAUAAAACAGAAAGCAGUUACCACUGAAGAAAUGCAGUCUCUCAUGAGAAGAUUUAAAGAUGAUUUAUUUCUGAUGAUGUUAUUUCUCAAUAACAUAAAGAAAAUAAGCCUCUCAGAAAUUGACACCUCCACUGGAAAGCUGCAAAACACUUACAGUGUAGAAGCACACCUCAGUGCUGAAGAUACACAGGCACAGCAGUCUUUUCAACAGAAAAUUAUGAAAAGUAGACAGAUCCUCGAGGCACGAGAAAUGAGAGUGGACCAGUUACAUGCUAUUGAUGUUUCUUACAAACUGUCCUUGCAAAACAGUGAAGGCAGAUCUCAAAAGUGGCUAAUUACUCAGCAGUUUGGCUUCAGCAAUUCAGCAGUAUCUCCAACUUUACAGAAAGCCCUUGGGAACAGAGAGUUGGGACUUUUGCCACGUGGAGGGACAGCAUUUUUGCUUCAAUCUGACAUUCCAAGGCUAGAAAUAUCAAAGCCCCAGAAAAACAUAAUUUUUUGUUUCCUGCCAUUACCAUUGGAAACAGACCUCCCAGUCCAUAUAAAUGGACACUUUGCUCUGGAUCAUGAAGCAAGAAGAAAUCUUUGGGUGGGGAGCGAAAAUAUGUGUACUGAUGUGAAAAGUGAAUGGAACAAAACAUUACUGGAGCAAACAGUUGCCCCUUGUUACACCAAUCAGCUUGAGCAAACAAAGUUGAUGAUUAUGGAAAAUAUUCAUGGAAAAACUGAGGCUCAAAUAGAAAAACUAUUGCAAUGGUAUGCUCAGCUGUUUCCUAUUAUCAGUCAUAAGGAAAGAUAUAUACAUUAUUUGGCAAAAAGAGUUUACCAACUAACCUGUGAACUUUCUUUGAGGGUUCUUCCAGUUUUGCGGAGGUCAGAUCGACGUCAGAGAGAUUGUGAAAUAACCUGGUUUCAACCUACAGGAAGUGGAAAAGAUGAGGUAUUUUUUGAUGACUUGGAUAGCCAGAUUCUAGAACCAAAGCCAUUGUUCACAGAUAUACCAAGUGUAUAUAAGCCAUCCCCCAGUUGUACUGUCAGAAGAAUUCUACUUGACAGCAAUUUCAAUCUAGUGCAUUGCCCAAUGUCAAUAUUUAGACGUUACGGGGAUGCAGGCAUCCAGGUGAAAACUGUGAGUCCAGAGUCUGUACUUCAGUUCUUUCAAACCUUCCAGAAACCUGAGGAGUUGUGCUUCAUUUCAGAACAAUACUUUCCAGUGGAUAUCACAAACACCAUCUUUGGAACACCAGAAAACCUCCAAACUGUGUUGGAGUUUUGCACGAAGUCCAGUAAUUUUCUGCAGAUGCUUGAGGACUGUCCAUUGCUUUUGACACAAGACAAGAAACUGAAAGUGUUUAGUUCAAGAUCACCUGUGUUUUGUUCAAAAUUCUCCUAUUUGCUACCCAUGCAUGCUGCUUUCUUUUGCCAUACCUUAUUGGUAAAUACAAUUUUUUGUACAUUUACUGAGAAGAGUCAAAUUUUCAAAAGAUUUAUGAUUUCUGAUCUAGCGGCCAGCCUGCCCUCUGUGUUACCGCAGGAGCUACAUAGAGGAGGGAUAAUUCACUGGAAUCCAGAGGCUCCAUCAAAACAGUGGAUCCAGUCACUGUGGAAAUAUCUUCACUCAGAAGUUGAUCCUGAGGUCAGUAAUGAAACUGAUGCAGUUUCUAAAUGCCAGAAAAUAAGAGAUUUAUUGAAACCACUUUCAGAUUGGUGUCUCUUGCCAGUAAUCAUACAGCCAGCAGGUCUGUGCCUGCUUCAGAUGUCACGAGCACAAGAGGCUGUAGAUAGUCGAGUUUACUUCUCAGGCUUUGAAAAAAUUUUAGAUGUCUUACAAAAGUUGGACGUUCCACAGCUAGCGUAUGCUUUACUACAAGGACAUUCUAAACCAAUUUGUCCCACUGCACGCGCAACAGUAAGCAACAUUAAUUCCCCCAUAUCGGUAGUCGCUGCAUUGGAAGGAGUAGCAAAAAGGCAAAAACUAGUUGGCAAAGCAAAUGUCGUGGAAUGUCAGGUCAUACUGGGAUAUUUUCGUCAGUGCCUUGAUGUCCUGAAAAAGACCCCUGAACUGAAGUCAAAAGUGUGCAGUUUUCCUUUCUUCUAUUCUGUGACAAAAGAGCUUAUAAGCAUUGAAAGGAAGACUGCUUACAUUAUACCUACAUCUAUCCCUGCACAUGGUAUGCAAGUAUGGGACAGAGGUGGUGAAAGUGUGGCCUUUUUGAGACCUAGUGAGAUGUUAGAACCACUUUACAAAUGGUUGGGUUGUCAAGUUCUCUCUGAAUGUGAUGCAUACUGUAUGUACAUAUUUCCAAAGUUUGCAGAUUUCUCAGAGGCAGAAAGAGUGCAUCAUUUGGAAUUUAUUAUAGGCCGUUACUUACAUCCUUUGAGAAAGAAGGAAGAUGAUAGGAAGAGGAUGAUAAAGGCACUUUCUUGUUUGAAGUUUCUGCCUAAUAGUAGAAUUCCAGGUACCCUGGCAACUGCAAGUUCAUUUUAUGAUCCUUGCAAUGAAGUAUUUAAAGCCAUGCUUACUGAGAAAGAGUUUCCUCCAGACCCUUACAACUCUACAGAAUUUUUACCAUUGCUUCGUGAAAUAGGUUUACAGCAACAUGUCACAGCAGAGAAGGUCAUUGAAUUUGCCAAAUCAAUUGAAAAGGGGUCAAGGCUAGCACACCAAGAACAAUACAGAACCUUUGCAGAACAAGCCAGAGUAUUAGUAGAGCAUUUACUUUCACGUAAAGAUGUUUUAAGUGAAUAUUCAUUAUUGCAUGAAAUCAGGGAUGUGCCCUUCCUGCCCCAACAUGUUGCCUCAGAGAACCUUCAGAGACUGUGUCCUCAAGGCAGUAAGGUGAAAGGGUCAGUUCCACCUUUUAUCUGCUUCAGUGGAUCAAUCCCGUACAAGCAAGAAUAUGAAUUACUGUCAUGGACAAAUGCCCAUUUCAUUGAACAGUGGGCAAAUCCAAUGUCUUACAGGUACCACCUUCAAGUUAGAGGUGACAAACAGUCUUACUACAGAAAAGUGUGUGAAGCCCUUGGAGUGAAGGAAAAACCAUCUACAGAACAGGUUGUGGGUCAUUGUUGCAGUGUCUGCCACUCAUUGCAAGAGCAAGUCGAAAAUCUAAGAGAUAAAGAAUAUGAACUGCUAUGCAAGAUUAUGGGGCAAAUGUAUCAGUGGUUGGAAAAAGACUGGAAGCAACUAAAUGAGAAAAAAAGUCCAAAGUGGACUAAACAGUUGCAAAACUUGACAUGCAUUUUAGUAGAGGAUGGAAGAAGACUUGUGUAUCCUAAUCAAGUUGCUAUUUUUUGCUUGCCAGAAGAUGAAUUAAAACCUUAUCUUUAUGCUGUGCCACCACUAUAUGCAAUGUACAAGGAUCUUUUCAAGCUGAUAGGGAGCACGGAUAGACCCUCAUGUUACCAGUAUGCCAAUGUCUUGGAAAUGAUUCACAGAGAUACUGAAGGAGAAAAAUUGGAGCCAAAUGAAAAGAAGAAUGCAUUGAAAGCAAUGGGCUUUUUGUUUAAAAAGCUUCGCAAACCAGAACAGUUAAACCAGUUGUACUUGCUUACUUCCAAUGGGGAUCUGCAGCUCUCCAAGGAUAUUAUCUAUUACAAUAAAAUGUCUCAUUUUGAGCGGCUUCAAAAAGUUCAGUUUGAUGAACCAGUACUUGUUUCUCUGACAGAAUGUGAAUUUGAGGACCCACCCCCACCAUAUAGCCAUGUUGCUGAAUAUUUGCCACAGAAUUUGCGUCUAAGAAAUUUGACUGAUGUUGUCAAAGAGAAACUGAUGUUUGAACCAGAAUUUGAAGACUUUGGUGAACAUCCUGUACAAUUGAAAAUGAGAUCUCCCAGUUUUUGUCAGGCAGUGAUACGCCUACUUCGUCAUGCUGGUAAAGAGGAGAACUUCCAAGUGAAUGAAGAAGACAUUAUUGUAUUAAAAGAAAACAUUAAAAACAUCAAAUUUCACUUGGUACCAGAAUUGACCACUGUGUUGGAAUACAAAGGGGAUGUUUUAGAAGGAAGUGAGAAAACGCAGUUUUGUUUCUAUAGGAUGGCACAUUGUGGACAACAGUCUUAUUGUUUUUAUUUGAAAAGAGGUGUCCAAAUCAGUAAAAAUUCACAUAAAAUUGCUGGAGUGUUGAACACUCUGUCAAAGCACAGACUGUCAUCAGUAUUUCAUCAGUUAUGCUGCAUCCUAUAUGAAAAUGUUGCUAUCAAUGGAAUAUCAAAAUGUUUGGAUGAACUAGACAUUCUUCCAGAUGAGUCAAACAUGGAGAGUGUUCUACCCACUCCAGGUACAUACCUUCAUAUAGAUGAUCAAUAUCUUCUGUCUGAGGAUUUUGACCACUUUGAGCGUGGCGAGUAUGUAGGAUAUGAAGUGGAAGAUCCAUUAUUGAAGAAUCUUGAGGGUCUUCCAACAUACAUAUAUGCCAUUGUGCUAGAAGAGAUCAUCAAAGAUGCCAAUUCUCAAACCUCAAAUGUGCAAAGGAAAUACAAAAUAUCAAUUGGAUCUGAAGAGAAUGACAUCCUAGUUGUCUCUGCAAAUGACCUUUACAAGUUUAAGCGCCCACCUAAAAAAGUCUCAAAAGACAUUCUUCCUUAUGAGAAGUCUCCAUACGAGGUCAACUCGGCUCCAGAACUUCUUGAAGACAUUUUGCAAGAUAUAACAAGAACUUUAGAGAAGGCUUGGAAGCUUGAUGAAAAUGAGAGGAAAAAAAUUAUCAAGAGAUUGAUCAGAAAGUAUCAUCCAGACAAAAAUCUUGGUCAGGAAGAUACUUACAAUAAAGCUUGUCAAUUCAUUCAGAGUGAAGUAGCUAGACUUGACAGAGGUCCACAACAAACAUUUGCAGCAUCUAGACCACAUUCAGCUUACACGGAUAUAUUUAGCCAAUUUUACACCAACAUGGGUCGCCGCGCCAGACAUGAAAGAGAUUGUUAUCACCGAUUCUAUUCAGGUGGGAGCUCUAGAAGUUAUGGGUCAUAUAGUGGAGGUUCAUAUACCCGGAAGAAUCCCCAACCAACAGAAGCUUUCAGGUGGUUCUGCCAGUCCCAGUGGGAUUUCAAGGCUGUCACCAAUGAUACCAGUGUACCAACCCAAAGCUAUGAAUGGGCAUGCUUCAAGUGCCAUCAGUCUGCAGAAAAAGCACUGAAAGCUGCACAGUUUGCGAUAGAUGCCAAUCUGAAGGACAACAGCCAUGACCUGCCUUCAAUGGCUGCCAGUCUAGACCUUUCAGGCAAUGGUUAUGAAAUUGCAAUGCUUUCAAGUCAACUUCAGACUCUGCUCAGACAUUCCGUAAGCAUGCGAUAUCCAGACAGAUGCUACUCAGGUAUUCCACAUGAUGAAUACAAAAAUGACACAGCAACAAAGGCAAAAAGCAUCACUGAGGAACUGCUGUCUCUGGUCAAAGCAUUGUUAAAAGACAAAGGUGUGCCAGUAGACAGAGAUUUUUAAAGUGUUUUCAUAGCUCUCCAGGAUAUAUUUGAUUUCUAGAACACUGUAAAAUAACAAGAUUGUGUUAACCUGGGUAUGAUAUUUGUAAUAUAUUUGAUACAAAUUCAUUGUAAAUAAGUUUUUGUGAUCUAUGAUUUUACAUUGCAUUAAGGCCUUGUAUAUAUAUAUAUAUAUA